ACCUGGCCCUGCUCCUUAGUGUGGCAAGGAACACAGGGAACAGUGCACUUCUGCUGCUGCCUGAAGACUGACGCAGUGUCACCUGGAUGGUCCGAAGGAAACAGGCAGGAGCAGAGCCCUCAGCCACCAGCUGGAAAAGCAGAUUCUCUGAUUUUGGGAAACGAAGCAUUGGCAGGACAACUGAAAAUGACCAGGAAGAGGAUCUACUGGGUCCCUAGGUCCUCCGGUGGCCUGGUGAAUCUCGGCUUGGAUGCAAGUGAUGACAUGGUUGCAGGACUUAGCUACAAAACACACACUCUUGAAGAUGAGCCCUGCAGCCAGCAGGAAAAGAAGUGUGAAGCACCCGAGAGGGCGGGUGUCCUCUCUUCAGGGAAAUACAAGGCUGCCUGGAAAACCAUGAUCCCCUUCCGCCGCAAGCCGAAGUUUCCUGCCCCACAGCCCAUGGAUGACGCCGGCCUGUUCUCCUACCUCACGUUGUCAUGGCUUACCCCACUCAUGAUCCAAGGCCUACGGAAACGCUUAGAUGAGAACACCAUCCCCCAUCUGUCAGUACAUGAUGCCUCGGCCAAAAAUGCCAACAGGCUUCGCCUCCUUUGGGAAGAAGAAGUGUCACGGCAUGGGAUGGAGAAAGCCUCCGUGCUCCGAGUGAUGCUGAGAUUCCAAAGAACAAGGAUCAUGUUUGAGUUGCUGCUGGCCUGCUGCUUUUCAGUCACAAGUGUCCUGGGGCCAGUGCUGAUUAUCCCAAAGAUCCUGGAAUAUUCCAAAGAGCAGCAGAAGAGUAUUGUGUACGGAGUGGGACUCUGCUUCGCCCUGUUUUUCACCGAGUGUCUGAAGUCUCUGAGCCUGUGCUCGUGUUGGGUAGUCAAACAGCGCACGAGCAUCAGGUUCCAUUCAGCUGCCUUUUUGUUUGCCUUCCAGAAGCUCAUACGAUUUAACUCCCUAACGCACAUCACCACGGGAGAGGCCAUCAGCUUCUUCACCAGUGAUGCAAACUACCUGUUUGAAGGGAUGUACUAUGGCCCCCUGAUCUUCCUCAUUGUUUUGCCACUGGUCAUCUGCUGCAUCACCUCCUACAUCAGGCUUGGAGUCACGACUUUCGUUGCUGCCUUCUGCUACAUCCUGGUUCUACUGCUGACGGGUAUCCUGGCCCACCUAACUGUGAAGCUUCAGCAUCAAACCUCUGAGGUCAGCGAUCAGCGCAUCCGAAUUACCAGUGAAAUGAUCACCUGCAUGAAGCUGAUUAAAAUGUACACAUGGGAAAAACCAUUUGUAAAAAUAAUUAAAGCUCUCAGAAGGAAGGAAAAGAAACUGUUGGAGAAGAUGGGGCUCAUCCAGAGUCUGAACAAUGUCAUCUUACUGGCGGCCCCCAUAGCGGCCACCAUGCUGCUGUUUCUCACCCACAUACAAUUACAGAUGAACCUCACAUCUCUGGUGGCCUUCCCGGUGAUGGCCAUCUGGAAUGUCAUGCGGCUGCCAGUGAUCUUUGCGGCCUUCUCAAUCAAAGGCCUCACGAAUUCCAAGUCUGCGGCAGAGAGGUUCAAGAGGUUUUUCCUCCAGGAGAGCCCUGUUUUGUAUGUCCAGACAUUGAACGACCCCAGCAAAGCACUGGUUUUGGAGGAGGCCACCUUGUCCUGGCGAAAGGCUUGCCCCAGGAUUGUCAAUGGAGGCUUGGAGCCGGAGAGGCGUGGACAUGCUCCCGAGGGGACGACCGGAGCUCAGCCGCCUCUAGGUGUCCUCGGGCCAGAGGACACUGGGCACAGCUUGGCCCCAGAGUUGCACAAGAUAAACCUGGUGGUGUCAAAGGGGACCCUGCUAGGUGUCUGUGGUACCAUGGGGAGCGGCAAGAGCAGCCUGUUGUCAGCCAUCCUGGGGGAGAUGCAUUUGCUGGAGGGCUCGGUGGGGGUCCACAGAAGCCUAGCCUACGUCCCCCAGCAGGCCUGGAUCGUCCCGGGUAGCGUCAGAGAGAACAUCCUCUUGGGGAGGCAGUAUGACAAGGCCUGGUACCUCCAGGUACUCCACUGCUGUUCCCUGACGCGGGACCUGGAAAUUCUGCCCUUUGGAGACAUGACGGAGGUCGGGGAGCGGGGCCUCAACCUCUCGGGCGGGCAGAAGCAGAGGAUCAGCCUGGCCCGCGCCGUCUACUCUGACCGUGAGGUCUACCUGCUGGACGACCCCCUGUCGGCCGUGGACGCCCACGUGGGGAAGCACGUCUUCGAGGAGUGCAUUAAGAAGACACUCAGGGGGAAGACCGUGGUCUUGGUGACCCACCAGCUGCAGUAUUUAGAGUUUUGUGACCAGAUUGUUUUGCUAGAAGAGGGGAAAAUCUGUGAAAAAGGAAUUCACAGUGAGCUACUACAAAAAAAGGGGCAAUACGCCCACUUCAUCCAGAAGAUACACAGGGAAGUCAUGCAGAACAAGAUUCAGGACACAGCACAGACAGCAGAAGUGUCACAGGUGGAAGGUCAGGCCCAGACCACCCGCCAGGAAGAGCCGCCCAAUGACAAUCCUGUGCUGGAAAAUCAGCUGACAAAGAAGGAGACAAUGGAAGAAGGGUCCCUGAGUUGGCGCGUCUACCACCACUACAUCCAGGCAGCCGGAGGUUAUGUGAUCUCUGUCCUGACUUUCCUGGUCAUGGUGGUGUUCAUCCUGCUCUUGGUCUUCAACUUCCUGUGGCUGAGCCAUUGGCUGGAGCAGGGCUCAGGGACCAAUAGAAGCCGGGAGGACAACAGAACGGCCGCAGACCCAGGUAGCAUCCUGGACAACCCUCAGCUGGUCUUCUAUGAAAUGGUCUUUGGCUUCAGCAUCCCGUUGCUGCUCUUCGUCGGGAGCCUCUCCUCGGUGGCGUUCACCAGGCUCUCGCGGAGAGCGUCCACGGCCAUCCACAACAAGCUCUUCAGCAAGAUUUCCCGCUGCCCCAUGAGUUUCUUUGACAGGACUCCCACCGGCCGACUCCUGAACUGCUUUGCAGGGGACUUGGAUGAGCUGGACCAACUCUUGCCCACUGUGGUCGAACAGUUCUUACUGUUCUUCCUGACGACGGUCUCCAACUUGUUGAUUGUCAGUGUGAUCUCUCCCUACAUCCUGCUGAUAGGAGUCGUGCUUGUCGUCAUUUGCUUCAUUUACUGUGUGAAGUUCAAGAGGGCCAUCAAUGUGUUCAAGAGGCUGGAGAACUACACGCGCUCCCCUUUGUUCUCCCACAUCCUCACCUCUCUGCGUGGCUUGAGCUCCAUCCAUGUCUAUGGAAAAACUGAAGACUUCAUCACUGAGUUUGAAAAGCUGACCGAUGCACAGAAUAACUACAGUCUGAUGUUUCUGUCGUCCACGCGAUGGAUGGCAGUGAGGCUGGAGCUCAUGACCCACCUGGUGACCUUGGCCGUGGCCUUGUUUGUGGCUUUUAGCACCUCCUUCGUCUCCUAUUCCUAUAGUGCCAUGGCUCUCAGCUUCAUUCUGCAGCUGGCGUCCUCCUUCCAGACCGCCGUCCGGAUGGGCUUGGAGACAGAGGCAUACUUCACGGCUAUGGAGAGGAUGCUGCAGUACAUACAGAUGUGUGUCCCUGAGGCUCCUUUACACCUUGAAGGCACGAACUGUCCCCCAGGGUGGCCACAGCGCGGGGAAAUCACGUUCCAGGAUUAUCAGAUGAAAUACAGAGACAACACACCUAUUGCUCUCAGGGGCAUCAACCUGACGAUUCACGGCCAGGAAAUGGUGGGCAUCGUGGGCAGGACGGGCUCAGGGAAAUCCUCCUUGGGGGUGGCUCUCUUCCGCCUGGUGGAGGCCGCCGCGGGCCGGAUUCUCAUCGACGGCGUGGACAUCUGCAGCAUCGGCCUGGAGGACCUGCGGUCCAAGUUCUCCAUCAUCCCUCAAGACCCUGUCCUGUUCUCAGGAACCAUCAGGUUCAACCUCGAUCCCUUUGACUGCUACACGGAUGAGCAGAUCUGGGAUGCCCUGCAGAGGACCUUCCUGAGCAAGACAAUCUCCAAGUUCCCCCAGAGACUGCAAGCAGAAGUGGUGGAAAACGGGGAGAACUUCUCUGUGGGGGAGAGGCAGCUGCUGUGCAUUGCCCGGGCCCUCCUUCGCAAUUCCAAGAUCAUCAUCAUUGAUGAAGCCACAGCCUCCAUCGACCUGGAGACUGACGCCCUGAUCCAGCGCACGAUCUCCGAGGCCUUCCGGGGCUGCACGGUCCUGGUCAUCGCACACCGCAUCUCCACCAUCCUCAACUGUGACCGCAUCCUGGUCAUGGGCGACGGGAAGGUUAUAGAAUUUGACAGGCCUGAGGUCCUGCAGAACAAGCCUGGGUCCGUGUUUGCAUCCCUGCUUGCGUCGAGCUAAGAAACAUGGGGGCUGCAUGGGGGCUGGGGGCUGACGUCACCGAGCGUCCAGCUGCGAGGCCUGCCGUCUGUGACCUUCUGGUGAAGAGAUGGCUACUUCUCCCGAAAGUCGGGCUGAAAUGGGCCCAGGGGUGCUGGGGGUUGGGAUGGGAAAGGAGACUACGGGAGCAACCCCUGGGAAAGGCCACUCGGCUCCCCAAACCGAGACCCCCAGCGUCGUCUGAGACUCGGGGUCAAAUGAUCACGUGUCUCUUUUUCACUCUUAAAAUAAUAUAUUGGCUAAUUUCAUAAUAAUGUGAAGCUUAUUAUAAUUUUCUGAUCUGUGUGAAAAGUGUUGCAAAUGAUAUUAAUUUUGUAAAAAAAAUAAAAGUAAG